UUCAUUUUGCGCAAUAUCUCUGCUCAUAGCUCACUUUGAGCAUUCGUAAGACCGUCUCCUGCAGCAGCGACGCCAGCUCAGGACGAAUCGCGCAGCGAGAGUCAGCAUCUCACCUGCUACAGCACGCGCCUGCUCUCAGCUGCAGGGUAUCGAGCCGCUGAGCAGUCGCAUUCCUGGAUUUGUGGCGGUGCUGAGGCCGGUAUCGAACCAAUUGCUGCGAAUCCUUGCGAAAUUCCAUCGGUGACAACACAUCGCAACCAUGCGGCUGCUAAAAGUGCUCCUGUGCGCGCGCAUCGCUGCAUUGCGGCCACCGGUACGCGCUGCAGCAUCUUUGCGAGACGCGCCUGCUGCACACGCGAUGGCGCCGUCCGCCGCACGGAUGCACGCCGCGACCAGUGCCGCGGCGGCGGCCGCAGCGGCUCUCGCGCCAGCGGCCGCGCUCGCCGCCGCCACGACGGAGGCUGAGCUCGACGACUACUUCAGCCAACCGCACCCUGAGUUCGCAGUAGCGCUCGUGAUUCACUGGAUCCUGUGGGGCAAGUUCGACCGUCGCAUCGCGCUCGCCUACGACUUCGGGGGGCUCGUGCUCUUUGCGGCGGAACCGUUCUUUCGAUAG